UCUAGCUCCAGCCCCACGAGAAGACUCUCUUUGGUAAAAAAAUCAAAAUGUAGAUUAUUUCAAAGUAGCUACAUGGAGUCAUAGCUAUCUAGCUGUGUUGUGUCUGUCCUUGGGGUUCAACCAGUCGGACAACAUUCCGGAAAAGGGAUUCGCAUAUUGGGAAUGUGUGACUGUGAGCAUUGGAGUAGCUUCAGCGGUCCAUGAAGACCUGCCUAGCCGUCGGUAGUCCUCAUUCUGUCCGGUCUAGUGGACUUGAUGAACCCCGCCUGCCCGCCCUGACCCGGGAGUAGCACCGACAACACGGUCAUGGACUUCCCGGGCCACUUCGACCAGGUCUUCCAGCAGCUGAACUACCAGCGUGUCCACAGCCAGCUGUGUGACUGUGUCAUUGUGGUGGGCAGCCGCCAUUUUAAGGCCCACCGCUCGGUGCUGGCGGCUUGCAGCACUCACUUCAGGGCCCUAUUCACUGUCGCCCAGGGAGACGCCAGCAUGAACAUGAUACAACUGGACAGCGAGGUGGUGACGGCGGAGGCGUUUGCCGCCCUGGUGGACAUGAUGUACACCUCCACCCUGAUGCUAGGGGAGAGCAACGUGAUGGACGUGCUGCUAGCCGCCUCUCACCUCCACCUGAACACCGUAGUCAAGGCCUGUAAACACUACCUAACCACCCGCACCAUGCCCAUGUCCCCGCCGGCAGACCACCGGGCCACACAACACCGCCAGCAGCGCCAACCCACCCACGCAGACCAGCAGAGACACAGGCAGGAGACGGCAGCCGUCGAAGAAGCCCUCCUGAGCUUCGGCCUAUCUGAGGACAGGCCCAGGCAGAGGGCCCGCCCCGCUGGACCCCCCGGCGGGGGUGAGGAAGGGGGGCUACUCUCCCACGACUCCCGCAAGACUGCGGAGGAGGCUAGACUGGACGCGGCGAUCACUGGCCUAGUAGAGGGCGUGUCCCAGGAUGACUCCCAGAUGCCCAGCCAAUCGGACGGAGGACACUGCGAAGGGGAGGAGCAAGGGAUGGCGGCGGAGGAGGUGGGUGUGGGGAAGGAAUCCCUGGAUGGAGGGAGUCACCAUGGUGAUGGGGUGGAGGUGAAGAUGAAGGAGGGAACGGAGGAGGAAGAGGAGGAGGAGGAAGGACGGGAGAAACAGGGAAAGGUGGUGGUGAAGUGUGAGCCUCUGAGCUCCCCGGAGCCAGCUGAUGACCUCACCAUCCAAGGCAGCGAUCAGCUGGGACCUGGAGAAGGAGGAGGAGGAGGAGGAGGAGGAGGAAGAGGAGAAGAAGAGGGGGAGAAGGUAGAACUGAGCCCACAGAGCAGCGACCGCAGUCUCUCCUCCUCUGACCAACAGCUGCUCCAGCCCAGAUCCCAGCUCCUGUUGAAAGGAGGUCUUGGUGGGGGGAGUGGAGGUGGUUUUGGGUGUAGCAACGAUCUUGAUGGGAAGUCUGGUUUUAGGAUUUCUAGCUUCCUCAGCUCCAAGGUCUUUGGAGGCGCGGGCUCGGGGGUCGAUGCCGGGGACGACGACCUCAACACGACAACUGGCGAGGCGAUGGCAGCGGCACAUCACUUCCUGCUGAGCCCGGAACACUCUGGGACCACUAACUCCGCCUCGUCCUCGAUGCUCCGUCCCGGGUCGGCCACCCACCUGAACCUGCUGGGUGGCGACGGUCUCGGGGGAUUCUCUACAGACGCUGAUUCGCUCUUCCUGCGGCCCCUGCAUGACGGGCUGGGAAACCCCAGGGGAGGAGGAGGGUUUCCAGACCUGUUCUCUCUGGACUUCCAGCGAUCCAGCCUGGGACUGCACUCCCUGGCCCGGGCCUCUAGAGGGGGCUCCCUGGGCUUUCCUGGAUACCGCCGCAUCGCACCUAAAAACGACAACAUGGGAGGAGGAGCGGGGGCCGUUCUCCAAGACUCCCUGUCUUCCUCCAGUCUGGGGGAAGGGGGACCCCUGCUUCUGAACGGGUCGGGGGGUUACGAGUCAGGCCCACCCACCUCCUCCUCCUCCUCAGCCCCCAACCCCCACCCCCAGCUGACCCGUGCCUCAGCGGACGUCCUCUCCAAGUGUAAGAAGGCCCUGUCUGAACACAACGUCCUGGUGGUAGAGGGAGCCAGGAAGUACGCCUGUAGGAUCUGCUGUAAGACCUUUCUCACCCUGACAGACUGUAAGAAACACAUCAGGGUCCACACAGGGGAGAAGCCUUACGCCUGCCUCAAGUGUGGCAAGCGCUUCAGCCAGUCGUCCCACCUGUACAAACACUCCAAGACCACCUGCCUGCGCUGGCAGAACAGCAACAUGCCCAACACACUGAUGUAGAGUGGUAGAUGAUGUGAUCACGGUAGGAGGAGUGGACAUUUGGGGUUGGACGGUAUCCAGAUUGUAUACGUUUUGUACCGUCCUUGUGCCAUACCGGGGUAUACGGUAUUACCGGCAUUGUGCACAAGCCAAGGUUUUUUUUUUUUAUGCAACAAAAAAGAAGCCUAAUUAGCGCCUGUUACCAGUAUGCUAACAAAGUAGUAGAGAAUUCCCAUAGCGAAUGCUAGCUAAAUGCUAACGAGUCAAGCGCUUCAGCCAGUCGUCCCACCUGUACAAACACUCCAAGACCACCUGUCUGCGCUGGCAGAACAGCAACAUGCCCAACACACUGAUGGAGAGUGGUAGGCUGGCCUGGUAGGGUUGAGUUGGAUUGGGAAAUUCCUGGGAAACUUACCAGAAGUUUUGGGAAGGUUUCUCCAUAAAUCCCGAUUUUCAACAAAAACAAGAGUUUGUAUUGGACAAAUGGGUUCCGUUUGGUUCCUUGUAAACACAGCCCUGCUAGGUAGGUUUGAGUUUUUAAAAAUGUCCAGAAAUACUCCCAGGUCUAAAUCCGUCUCUGAUUAGAGGGGAAGAAUGGAAAAUAGCAGUGGAACUGGCUUUGAUUGUCCAGAUUAGAAUCUGAAGGGGACUAUACAGUAUCACCUGUACUCUGUCUAAAGUGGACUCUGGACUCUCUACAGUCUCAGCCCUGUCUGUUCAACUGGUACCGGGGGGGACCUUGUGAGGCCUGUGGGCCCGCCUAGAACAGAACCGACAUGUUGGUGAGAGUCUCACCUUUCCACAGAUGGGGUCAUAUUGAUGUGUGGGCCCCAAACUGUUCGAACGCUGCAAGACAGAAGUCGUCAGAUCGGCCGUACCGACUUCAGACGAGUCCCAAGACGCUUUCGGGAGUCAUCUGACAAACCACCGCUCUUUCACCGCAGAUGUGGAAGUGUGACAUCGGUGGAUUGAGACUCAUCCAAUACAAAAAUAUCUCUUAACUUAAACUGACAGAUUUUUUUAUUAUGCUAAUUAAUUUCCGCGGGGCUGUGGAAAAUCGACUCUAGGAGUUAAUAGACUCCAAGCUAGAGACAUACACUUUUAUCCAAAGCGACUUACAGUAGUGUGUGCAUAUCUAUGGGUGGCCCCAGCAGGAAUCGAACCCACAACCCUGGUGUUGCAAGUGCCAUGUUCUACCAACUGAGCCAAACAGGACCGUUGACAGAUGCGAUCGCUUUAGAAAAGGAGUCCCUUCAGGAGGGGGAGAUGGAACCCUGUUGUGUUCCUAUUGGAACCAUGUUCAGAACCUUUCUGAAACAGGACUUCAGAUUCAGAACAGUCCUGAAGCUGAAACCUGGCUAGGGAGAUUCAGAACAGUCCUGAAGCUGAAACCUGGCUAGGGAGAUUCAGAACAGUCCUGAAACUGAAACCUGGAUAGGGAGAUUCAGAACAGUCCUGAAACUGAAACCUGGAUAGGGAGAUUCAGAACAGUCCUGAAGCAGAAACCUGGAUAGGGAGAUUCAGAACAGUCCUGAAGCUGAAACCUGGAUAGGGAGAUUCAGAACAGUCCUGAAGCUGAAACCUGGAUAGGGAGAUUCAGAACAGUCCUGAAGCUGAAACCUGGAUAGGGAGAUUCAGAACAGUCCUGAAGCUGAAACCUGGAUAGGGAGAUUCAGAAAAGUCCUGAAGUUUAAACCUGGCUAGGGAGAUUCAGAACAGUCCUGAAGCAGAAACCUGGCUAGGGAGAUUCAGAAAAGUCCUGAAGCAGAAACCUGGAUAGGGAGAUUCAGAACAGUCCUGAAGCUGAAACCUGGAUAGGGAGAUUCAGAACCGUCCUGAAGCUGAAACCUGGCUAGGGAGAUUCAGAACAGUCCUGAAGCUGAAACCUGGCUAGGGAGAUUCAGAAAAGUCCUGAAGUUGAAACCUGGCUAGGGAGAUUUAGAAAAGUCCUGAAGCUGAAACCUGGAUAGGGAGAUUCAGAAAAGUCCUGAAACUGAAACCUGGCUAGGGAGAUUCAGAACAGUCCUGAAGCUGAAACCUGGAUAGGGUUGCAAAACUCAGAACUUUCCCCAAAUUCCCAGGUUUUCCAGAAAUCCUGGCUGGAGGAUUCAGGAUUUCCUGCUUACUGGAAAACCUGAGAAUUUGGGGAAUUGUGCAACGCUAAACCUGGAGCUUGGCUUGGGGACCUGGUCUGGGACCAGUCUAUGAGGGGAACAUUUCCUCUUAAGGUCCUUUAAAAACAGAUCUGGGACCAGGCUAGGAGAGGACCACUUCUUCUCCUGGUCCUUUACAUUCAUGUCAAAGUCAGAUGUUUAAUGUUUUUUAAAUAUGGAGUUGCCUUUUCAUCGGUUGCACCUUUUUGAAUGAAACACCCUAUUCCCUAUAUAGUGCACUACUUUUGACCAGGACCCAAAGGGUAGUAGUGGACUACAUAGGGAACAUGGGGGACCCUUAUCCCCUCUCCUCACAGGACAAAACAUUAGAAAUGUAAACAUUGCACAUUUUAAUAUUGGCUUUAACACUUUCCUCUGCGAGGGGACAUCAAAUAGAACCAGUGUCUAUAACUAGAGCCUGGAGUGUCUCCUGGUCAGGUCACAUGAUCAGGGAUUACUCUGGGCCCCAGUUAACUAUAACAUAGUGUUGUUGGUUACUAGAUGUCGUGGAACAGUUUGGUACAGUAUCUGUGCUUCUUAAAUGUAUUUUUAAUACAUCGAUCACUAACACUUCAACUCAACUGUAACAUAGUCUUUAGACAAUACUAUAUAUAUAUAUUACCCUAACCCCCCCCCCCCAAAAAAAAAAAAAAAGCUUAGACUGCUAAUAAGAAUGUUGGAUUUUGUGGUUCUGUGUUUCCGUGGCAAUGUGUUGGUCCGGUAACGUUACCGUACUGAGUUCUGUUGUAGUUAAACUGACUGACUGGUCAGAGGACAACCUCGCUAUUUAGUGCACUAGAAAGAAACUAGGGUGGCAUUUGAGAGUCGCUCAGUGUGGAUGGGUAGCCGGGUAACUAGUGGAAACCUUAAGGCCGUGGAGUCUUCCCACUGUCGCUCAGUCUGUGGAGUCUUCACUGUUACUCAGUCUGUGGAGUCUCCCCUGUUACUCAGUCUGUGGAGUCUCCCUGUUACUCAGUCUGUGCUAAAAGACUUUGAGGUUUCCUUAUACUUAUUUUCCACCAUAAUUUGCAAAUAAAUUCAUUAAAAAUCCUACAAUGUGAUUUUCUGGAUUUUUUUUU